UUACAUAAUUUUUAUUGAAUUGUCGAUUCGAAAUGUUCGAAAUGAAAUCGCGAGUGAUGGUGGUUUCGCGAUUUCCGGUUUCGUAUCUUUGUCAAAAAACUGAAAGAGAGCGCUGUAUUAUUUCCGUUAUUUUUUUCUACAUUAAUUGUGUGUUUUUAGGUUAUAUUUAUAUUAAAACCAUUAAAAACUCUUUGUUGCCUUUGUUGUAAAUUGUUGGCACUUAACAAUUUUAUCGUUUGACGUAAAAUUUCGUCGAUUUUGUUUAAUUUUUGCUUCCUCACGAGAAAGUUUUCUAUUUCAUGAUUGUUGUCAAUGUGACUUGAAAUAAUUCCUAUUGUUUAAGAAACAAAAAAAAGGGAGAGAAUGGAUUAUUCAAAGGAAGCCCGAUUUUUUCCCAACGAAUGCUACAUUUGUAAAUCAAGAAAAAAACUACAAAGAUGUGACUGCAAUAUGAUCGCCUAUUGCAGUGAUAAUCAUCGUCAAAAACAUUUACCGAUUCACGAAAACUUUUGCAAAGCAAUCAAGGAAUUACUCAAAGAAAAAGGAUUAACGCACAUUUACGACGAGCUUAAUUAUCUAUUCGGUUCGGAUUGGACGAAGAAAAGGGAGCAAAUUUGCCGUAAACUAAUGAAUAAAUUAGGAAGAUGUCUAACAUCAUUGGAAGUGACAAUGUGCUAUUCGCCACGUGUUUGUUUCGUUUGCUGGCAAUCAAAGCAAGAAGAUUUAGAUAAUUGUCCAAAUUGUCCCGUCGCAAGUUUCUGUAAACAACAUCCAUUCAAUGAGAUUCACACAAAAAAUUGUCAAACAAUGAAUUAUUAUUUAAACAUUCUCAAUACAGCCGAUGAAUUAAAUGUUGAUUUAAGUUUUCUCUCGUCAACAUUUCCAUUUAUUAGCGAUGAGAAAAAAAUUGGCGUUCUCGAUGGACUAACCUAUACAAUUAAAUUAAACGAUAUUCGUUCGAACAGUGUUCAAUCGAGAUUACUGAAAAUAAAUCUCUUCAAUUUCAUUGAUAUUGCUUCGAAAUUUAACAACAGUUUGCAAAAAAUUUACGACAAUUUUCCCGACGAUAUUCUCAUUCAUAUCGACGCAAUUUCCCAAGAUCACGCAAUAAUCAAAGAAAAUUACUGGGAAUUUCUCCUUCAUCUGAAUCCAUUUUUAAAAAAAUUAAACAUUGUCCUGGUCGGAAAAAAUGACAAAACGGAAAAUAAUUCUCUCUGCGAAAAAUGUCAAUUGGAGGGAAAAUCGUUGAAUGUCGAGAAUUAUUCAAAAUCAUACAACGAUUAUAUUUUGGAAAAAAACUAUCGAGUACCACAAGUUCUAUUUUAUUUCAAAAUCGAAAAUGGAAAUUUAAAAAAAUUAAAUUUCCAUCAAAUUAGUUCGCCGAUUGUUUUGCUUUGUGAUUCAAAUCUAAAUUACCGGAAAGCACAAUAUUUCCUUUCGUUUCUAGUGAAGAAAUUGGAAAUUAUUCACGAGGGACAAAUUAACACUGCUUUUAGUGAAAAACAUUUAUUUGACACUGAUGAUCAUUUUAUAAUUUUCAAAAACAAGGAAAAUUUGAGAAAAAAGGACAAAAUUUCCACAUCAGAUGAUGAGAAAUUCGAAGACGAAUUUAAAAAUUCCUUAGAAUGGAAAGCAAGUGAAAGUGAAAAAUUACAAAAAGAAUUCGUCGCUUAUCAGGACAAAAAUCUAAAAUCGCUUUCUUCGAAUUCUUCUCUCUGUUCUUUUAUUGUAAUUUCGGAAAAGGAUGAGAAUUUAAAUAAAAUUGAACAAAAGGUGAAUAAACACAUGGCUGAGAAUUCAGAAUUUUUCUCCCUCGAUGAAAGAGAUGCAAAUAAUUGCGAAAAUGAAACUAAAUCUGAAAAUAAUUAUUUCAGCGGUAAUUCUGAAUUAAAAAAUCGCCAAUCUUUUCUUUUGGAACACAAUUUGUAUCUUAAGAACGAAAAUCAAGGACUGCGGGAACAAUUGAAUUCAUCAAUUGAAGAAAUAACGAAACUGCAAAUCAAACUUCAGCAAAUCUCUUCGGAUUUAAACGAAAAAAAUAAAUUGGUCGGCAAAAUAUUAAACGAUAUUGUCAAUGUUACGGAUGUUGAAAAUAUUGACAUUGGCUUUAUGCUUGAAAAGAAAAAAAUUUAAAUUCACAAAUCUUUUUAUUUAAUAAUAAAUAAAUGUUUUUUUUAAUAAAUUAUUAUUUUUUUCAAUUAAAAACUAUAAAAGGAAGAAAUUUUUGACUUUAUAAAA